UUAGCACAUGUAGGCUUUGAAAGGCCUCGGCUUGCUUCUGUAGCGUAAACAAGGCAUGGAGCUGAGCGGCAGUGUGUGGAUGCGGCGAGUUGGGAUGUUAUCUGCCCGCCGUUCUUUGCUUCAUUUGGCUGCCACUCAGUUUCACUCUUCCUCCACCAAUUUCCUUGCAAGCCCACCUCUAUCCUUCCCCUUUCUUACAAAAUUUUUAGGUCCAUCUUCACGCUGUAUAUCUUUCUCAACUCACUCCUCUGCCGCCCCUUUACCCUCUACCCUUCACCAAGAUGACCUUUUUACUUCUCCCGUAGGGGACGAUGAGAAGAAAGCUGAAAGUCCCAAGAAGGGAUCAAAGGUGAUAUUGAAGGGAUUGACGUAUCCUGAAGUUGAAAAAUGGGUUCAAUCACAUGGAUAUAGGCCAGGUCAGGCUUUGAUGCUAUGGAAGCGCCUAUAUGGAAAUAAUGUCUGGGCAAGCUGUUACGAGGAACUAGAAGGUUUGAACAAGGACUUUAAGAAAAUGUUAGGUGAACAUGCUGAUUUUAAGGCGCUGUCUCUAAAAGAUAUCCAUACUGCAUCUGAUGGCACUAGGAAGAUCUUAUUCACGUUGGAAGAUGGGUUGAUUAUAGAAACUGUUGUAAUACCUUGUGAAAGGGGUAGGACCACUGUCUGUGUUUCUAGUCAAGUGGGAUGUGCAAUGAAUUGCCAGUUCUGCUACACAGGCAGGAUGGGUUUGCAGAGAAAUUUAUCUACAGCUGAGAUUGUGGAGCAGGCUGUUUUGGCUCGCCGCUUGCUGUCAAGUGAAGUAGGCUCAAUAACCAAUGUGGUUUUUAUGGGGAUGGGAGAACCACUUCACAACUUUGAAAAUGUCUUAAAGGCCUCAGAAAUAAUGGUAGACGAGCAAGGACUUCAUUUCAGUCCUCGCAAGGUUACAGUUUCAACCAGCGGGCUUGUUCCCCAGCUAAAGCGGUUCCUUCGUGAAUCAAAUUGUGCAUUAGCAGUUAGCCUGAAUGCUACAACUGAUGAGGUCAGAAAUUGGAUCAUGCCAAUCAAUCGCAAAUAUAAGUUGGGAUUGCUUCUUGAAACCCUUCGAGAAGAGCUUUGCGCUAGGCAGAACUAUAAAGUAUUAUUCGAAUAUGUAAUGCUUGCAGGAGUGAACGACAGAUUUACAUCACAACACAUCUCUAUUGGCAGUACCGAGGACGCCAAGAGAUUAAUCGAUCUUGUACAGGGCAUUCCUUGUAAGAUUAACCUCAUUUCUUUCAAUCCUCAUUGUGGAUCCCGGUUUAAACCAACCAAAGAGGACAAGAUGAUUCAAUUUCGUAAUGUUCUUGCCGAAGCGGGGUGUAUAGUUUUCCUGCGAUGGAGUAGAGGGGAUGAUCAGAUGGCAGCCUGUGGUCAGCUUGGGAAGCCUGGUGAAAUCCAUGCCCCCUUGCUUAGGGUGCCUGCCCAAUUUCAAGCUGCAUUGGGAGCUUCAAUAUGAGUUACUGCUGCUUGGGUUAAAAUGUUCAAUCAAUCAACUUGAGAACUCCAAGAAGGGGAACCCAUACAUUCUAUUUUUCACUUGCAAACAUAGCCCCCUCAAUUUCUGGGCUUAGGGAUAGUGCGCCCGUGUUUGAUCGACCCAGAAAGACCCGACUUCUCAUUUUGACUGCGGACGCUACAUUUGCAUGGCUUCUUCGUUUCACUUUUAAGCCUAUUGCAGGCCAUUUGUUUAUUCAGCUUUUGUGCUACCCAUAAGUUUUAAAUGCUACUAUCAACUAAAAAUUUAGCUAUCCAAGAUAUAAAUUGAAGACUAAA